ACGAGGAAAUACGAGCGAGGGUGUUAUUUCCGGUUAGUUACAGCCUUGAAGAGGAACCCGGUUGCCUAGCGACCAGUGGAAGAGUAGCGUCAGCUAGCCAGCUAGCUAGCGAAGUGGCUAACACAUGGAGUGUGUCCCGGUGAGGACAUAGGGUGAGGACAUGUCUCUGAGAAGGACCGGAGCUCUGCAGCGGGUCCAGAGACAAGUGGACGACACCCGGAAGCAGGUGGACAUUCUGCUGAAGGACGUGCAGAGUCAGGCUGGAUCCACUGAGGAGGCGUCUCGCAGGUGUCAGGAGCUGCAGGCGUUGGCAGAGAAGACCCUGAGGACGCUGAGGACACUCACCAAGGCGGAUGAGCUGGCUCCGGUGGGAAACUACGCCCAGAGGAAACAGGAAGUGGAGACACGCCUGCAGGUCAACCUGGAGCGUCUGAGCUCGCUCUCGCUGACGCUGUCACCACCAGGACCCAGCGGCGCCGCCGGUUAUUCUCCAAAGGAAGAAAGUGAUAAGGACCACGAGGGCGAAGACAGUCAUAGUGAUGAUGAUGAUGAUGAUGAUGAUGACAGUGAUGAGGAUGAAGAUGAGCAGCGAGCUGGGAACCCCCCCCCCCAGUCCGACUCUCCCAGCUACAGAGUCCUCAGUGAUUUCCAAGGAGAGCAGGACGGAGAUCUGUCUGUCCAGAGCGGUGACGUGUUGAGGAUCAUCAGGAGGACGGCAGACGGAUGGUGGCUGGCUGAGGACGGGGACGGCAACCGAGGAGUGGUCCCAAAGACCUACCUGAAGAUUGAUUCUGGUGUUGAUGACGAGGAUGAUGAUGAAAAUGAGGAAGAGUCAUCUGAGGAGGAGGAAGAGCCGACUGAUGACAAACACAGUGGGGCUUCACAUUCCAACUGGUCCACUGUGAGGAAGGCUCUGACUGAGAUUGAUGCAACAGAUGUCCUCUCUGCUAUGGGGGCUAUACCUUCUGGAUUUAGACCAUCAACUCUCAAUAAAUUGCUGGUGGAGGAAGGUGUAACGUUCAGAGGAAGUCAGCAUAUUCAGCCUGAUCUCAGCCAAUCACAGCUCUCCUUUAAGGACCUCUUCCUGGACCCAGACAGCGGCAGGGUUCGUGCUCGGCAGGUCCGCACUUGUGUCUGUUUCACUUUGUGGAGCUGCAAGAUGAUUCCCACCCCAGGGGUCGGAGUUCAGGUCCUGAGCCGACACAUCCGCCUCUGUGCCUUCGAUGGAACUCAGGUGUUGAGUAACAUCCACACCGUUCAGGCCACUUACAACCACAAGAGCCCGAAGACCUGGAGCUUCUCCCCCCGGAUGACCGGUGUCCUCCCCGCCCUCCUGGACGGAGACUGCUUCCUGCGCUGCAGCUCUGCGUCUCCGGACCUCGGGAUCCUCUUUGAACUGGGGGUCACUUUUAUACGGAAUUCGACGGGUGAGAGAGGAGAGCUGAGCUGCGGCUGGUCGUUCCUCAAACUGAGCGACGACACGAGGAAUCCACUUCCCAACAGGACCUAUGAGCUGCCGGUGAACGGGGGAACUCCCUACGAGAAGGACGUGGCGAUGGAAGCUUCAGGCACCAGAGGAUCUCCAGCCACCGGUGUCUUCCAGCAGAUGCUCCAGGCCAGACGGCAGCCGAGACUGAUUCUCAGGUUCAGAUCCACCAGCAGGCGGACCAGAACGCAGCUCAGUCUCCUCCCGGACACGCUGCUGCACUGUGUGAGCUGCGUCCACCUGCUGGCUCUGCACAGACAGCUGCUGGCUGACACGCUGCUGAUGGACCGGCCCACCAUGCAGGAUGCAGAUCUGAUCUGCAGCCCGGUACUUUCUACAUUUCCUGUCCUGUUGGAGCAGCCGGACCUGCUGGACGCGCUCAGGGGUGCGUGGCUGGAAACUGAGAUCAACAUGAGCCGAGCACAGAAGAGAGACUUGCCCUUUGUCAAACAGGAGUUUGUGAAAGUCUACAUGUCGUCCGUCUACUUCCUGCUCCACUCGCCCUCGCUGCCCCCCCACCGCUGGGCCGACGCCCCCUCGGAGCAGCAGCGGGCCAGAGCCAUCUACGCCACCCUGGAUUCCCUGAAACACCAGCAGCACACCACGGGCCAAUCAGGAUGUCCGGAGGUCUACGUGGACCCCAUGCACCCCCACCUCGCCUUCGAUAUCACAGAGUUGACCUUUGACCUCCUCCAUGUAGCGCGGGGACGAUUACAUCACUCUCAGGGGAAAAGUACAACUUGAGGAUUGAUUGUAUUAUUAUGAAAUGAUUUAAAUUUUUUAGAUAAGGCAUCAGCUUGGUUUACU